AAGGGUUAGAUGCUAUCAGUCUCACAGUAAUUUCGGUGCGGUUAAUCGCAUCAAUGUCCGUUAGUAAUGAGAGGAAACCUCAAAGCUCGCAAUGAUUUGGAGCAAGCCAUCCGAGCCCUCAACAGAAUGAAUCGUUCUUUCAGUUCCCGUCCUUUCUUCUUUGAAAUCUCUUUCUGCAGCUUUUAUGCAUAAUGCCAGUGAAAAUUACACUUAACAACAAGAGCUGAUGCCAAUUCCAAGUGGAGGUGGAGGAGGUGAACGAGGGCGGCCGCCUGUGGUGAGGCAGGGAGAGGAAUGCGGAGGGCAAGUAGAAGCUAUUCGUGGAGCAGCUUGUUUAUGUAUGCUUUCAAGCUGGAGGGAAGAGGAAGUACCGAAAUAUGCUCACCAGAAUUCGAUAUCCGGGCUAUUUCCGGUACCACUUCGAAUUCCGAUCCCUUCGGGUUUAUAGCUCGGAAUCAAAGCCACCAGCCCCAAGGCGUGACAUAUUUUGGUGGAACGAUGCCAUCAAUAGCUGCUUCAGGAGCGGCCAGGUGGAGAGAGCAUGUCAACUGUUCGAGGAAAUGCCACAUAAGAAUCUGGUUACGUGGAAUUGCAUGAUCUCUGGCUUUGUCAAGAAUUAUAAGAUGUCGGAGGCACACAGGAUUUUCGACGUGAUGCCCAGAAAGAAUGCCGUGUCAUGGUCGGUGCUGCUGACGGGGUAUGCCAGAUGUGGGAGAAUAGAAGAAGCUCGGCAUUUGUUUAACAGAAUUCCGGAAAGGAAUGUUGUUUGCUGGAAUUCGAUGAUCUCUGGAUACAUAAAUAAUGGAAAAAUUGGGAAAGCACGGGAGCUGUUUGAUGAGAUGCCAGUGAAGAACAGUGUCUCAUGGUCGAUCAUGAUUUCAGGGUAUCUCAAGAACAGACUCGUGGCUGAAGCUCGGGCUUUAUUCGAUCGGUCAUAUUUGCGCUCGACAUCUGUCUACAAUGCUCUAAUGUCAGGUUAUGUUGAAUUAGGAUGUUUCAGAGAUGCAGAGAAUUUAUUUCAUCGGAUGACUGAGAAAGAUGUCAUAACAUGGAAUACUAUGAUAACAUGCUAUUCACGAACAGGAAGGAUGGAACUUGCAGAGUGCCUUUUUGAUAAAAUGCCUGAGAAGGAUAUUAUUUCUUCGACUGCGAUGAUUUAUGGUUAUUUGCAGAAUGGAAAUGUUGAAGCUGCAAGGAAACUAUUUAAGGAAAUGCCUAAUCGUGACAUCGUGACAUGGAACACGAUGAUGGGUGGUUAUGUCCGGAAUGGAAUGCUGGAGGAUGCUUUAAGAUUGUUCAGCGAGAUGCCCGAGAGAGAUGUUGUUUCAUGGAAUACAAUUUUACAAGGUUAUGUUCAACAGAAUGAUAUGGUUGGAGCAUAUUGUUGGUUUGAGAAAAUGCCACAAGUAAGUGAAACCUCAUGGAACACGCUUAUAUCUGGAUACCGAAGUGAAGAGGCUUUGGUUUUGUAUUGCAGGAUGGUCAAAGAAGGGUUCAGGCCUGACCAAGGGACCCUGAGUGUUGUCCUUUCAGUUUGUGGCUCUCUGGUUGCUCUUGGAUGGGGAAGAAUGGUGCACCUUUAUGCAAUUAGAGCUGGUUAUGAGCAUGACACAUUGGUCAUGAGCUCAUUAAUUUGCCUGUAUUCUAGAUGUGGCUUGAUUCAUGAUGGUGUCCAAGUAUUUGAAUGCCUGCUGAAGCGGGACGCAAUUACAUGGAAUGCUAUGAUUGCAACAUAUGCUUACCAUGGGUCUGCAAUUGAAGCUUUGAAACUUUUUGAGAAAAUGAUCCAAGGUGGAUUUAAUCCAGACCAUGCAACAUUUUUGAGCCUUUUGUUAGCUUGUGCUCAUAAAGGUUUGGUUGAUGAAGGAUGCUGGUAUUUUAAGUCAAUGCAAGAGGAUUGGUCGUUAGUUCCAAAACCUGAACACUACUCCUGCAUGGUUGAUCUCCUUGGCAGAUCCGGAUUUAUUUCUCAGGCCUAUGAAUUUGCCAAUAAAAUACCAGUAGACAGUCAGACAACUGCUUGGGAAACUUUAUUAAGUGCAUGUAGAGUUCAUGGGAACUUGGAAUUUGGAGAACUUGCAGCAAAAAGAGUUUUACAUGCUCAACCUCCUGAUGGAGGAAUGUAUACUCUUUUGUCAAAUAUUUAUGCUACAAAAGGAAUGUGGGAGAAUGCAGCAAGUAUUAGAGCAUUGAUGAAAGAUUGUGGGGCGAAGAAAGAGACUGGAUGUAGUUGGAUUGAGGUGAAGGGGGAGAUGUUCUCAUUUGUAUCAAAUGAUAAAUCAAAUCAUCUGAUGGAGGAGAUAUGCCAAGAAUUAGAUAAUCUUUCAAUUAUAAUUGAGGGUUUUAGCUGAUUUUUCUUUUAACAAAAAAAUUCUUCUCCCAUACUAAUUUAUUCGAAAGUCUAAGCUGUGGAUUUAAGUAUCAUAUCUCUGGUCUCAUACCUAGCCCUUGAUCCAAGUUCUGCAUAUACUCUCUCAUGUUAUUGAAGUUGCAGUGUAAAGAAGGAUGAGUCUAACUUUUAUGAACAAUUGCUGUAAUUGGGAGUUGGGACCAAUUACUCUUCUGCUGGGAUAUGAGUUAAUAAGAUCAUGACCAUCUGAUCACAGUAUAUCAGCUGUUACUAGUAAUCCUGCUUGCUGACAACUUAGAUGAAUUUCAUCAUGGUAUGAGGUGGAUUUUUUUUUUUUGGCAAUAACUAGUAUUCCCAAA